UUCCGGCGGCAACGGAGGGAUGGGGCCGGAGGUGGCGGCGGUGCCGGUGCUGUUGCCGGUUCUGGUGCUGGCACUGGGCGCGGCGGUGAGCGGCGGUUCCGGGCCUGUCACUUGCGGCUCCGUGGUCAAGCUGCUCAACGUGCGGCACAAUGUCCGCCUGCACUCGCAUGAUGUGCGCUACGGCUCCGGCAGCGGGCAGCAGUCGGUGACCGGGGUGUCGGCGGCGGAUGACGGGAACAGCUACUGGCGGGUGCGGCCCCGCACGGCCGCCGCCUGUCCCCGGGGCACCCCGGUGCGCUGCGGCCAGGCCAUCCGCCUCACCCACCUGGGCACCGGCCGCAACCUCCACAGCCACCGCUUCACUUCUCCGCUCUCUGGGAACCAGGAGGUGAGCGCCUUCGGGGAGGACGGCGAGGGUGACUACCUGGAUGACUGGACAGUGGUGUGCAGUGGGACCUACUGGGCUCGGGAGGAAGAGGUUCGGUUCCAGCACACCUCCACCGAGGUCUUCCUCUCGGUGACGGGGGAGCAGUACGGGCGGCCCAUCCAUGGGCAGAAGGAGGUGCAUGGCAUGGCCACCUCCAGCCAGAAUAACUACUGGAAGGUGAUGGAGGGCAUCUUCAUGCAGCCCAGCGAGGGUUUCAAAGCAGAGCAGUACCACACUGAGUUGUGAUGGACAGACAGACUGCCAGUGAGCCCCGAGGUGCUGCCCAGUGGGGUUCAGGGACACUUUUGAUGUGGGGGAUGGGCCCUGUACCAAUGUGGGUUUGACACAUGCCAGGGUGCAGAGCCACAAAUACAACACCAAGUAGAUCCCAAAGUCCUGAAUUCGAUGUAGAGCAGAGCCUGGUGUCCUAAAUCUGAGACAAAGCAGAUCCCAGUGUCUGGACCUAAUCCAGAGCAGAGCCCAUCAUCUGAGAUUCAGCACGAAGUGGGUCCUCACAUCCAAGACCUAACACAAAGAAGGUCCCUGUGUCCAAGAUCCAACAUGAAGCAGAUCGUCACAUCCUAAAUCCAUCCCAAAGCAAGUCUUCAUGUCCAGACCUGACCCAAAGUAGAGCCCAAGGACUGAGAUCCAGCAUGAGACAAUUCCCCACAUCCAAGCUCCAACAUGAAGCAGACCUCCACAUCUUAAACCCAAAGCAGAUCUCAACAUCCACACCUGACCCAGAGCUAGUCCCCAUGUCUAAGAUCCAACAUGAUGCAGGUCUCUACCUCCUAAACCCAGCUCAAAGCAGACCCCAGCAGUCAAGCCUGACCCAAAUCAGAGCCCCACAUCCAAGAUCCAACAUGAAGCAGGUCACCAUGUCCUAAGCCCCACAGAAAAUAGAAUCCAACAUCCUCACCUGACCCAAAGCAGGACCUCAUGUCUCAGAUCCAACCUAAAGCAGGUUCCCCUCAAAUCCAC